CUCGGCUGGCGGCGAGCGCGGCUGAGGUACAGGUGCCUCGCGGCGCAGCCGGGUCGCCCUCCAGCCCGUCCACCUCCCGACCAGGGCCCGCGCCCCGUCCCGCCUCGCACGUCGCCGCCCUCUGGCCCAGCCCAAUGCAGGCCGCCGCCCUCCCUGAGGAGAUCCGUUGGCUCCUGGAAGAUGCUGAAGAGUUCCUGGCAGAAGGCUUGCGAAAUGAGAACCUCAGCGCUGUUGCAAGGGAUCACAGAGACCAUAUUCUACGGGGCUUUCAGCAAAUCAAAGCCAGGUACUAUUGGGAUUUUCAACUCCAAGGGGGAGACCUUGGACAGGACAGCUCUGAUGAUAAUCACAGUGGGACUCCUGGCCUGUCCCUUACAUCUGAUGCACCCUUUUUGUCAGAUUAUCAGGAUGAGGGAAUGGAAGACAUCAUCAGAGGAGCUCAAGAGCUUGAUAACAUAAUCAAGCAAGGAUACUUGGAGAAGAAAAGCAAAGAUCAUAGUUUCUUUGGAUCGGAGUGGCAGAAGCGAUGGUGUGUUGUCAGCAGAGGUCUCUUCUACUACUAUGCUAAUGAGAAGAGCAAGCAGCCCAAAGGGACCUUCCUCAUUAAGGGCUACAGCGUACGGAUGGCCCCCCACCUGCGAAGAGAUUCCAAGAAAGAAUCCUGCUUUGAACUGACCUCCCAGGAUAGGCGCAGCUAUGAGUUUACAGCUACUAGUCCAGCAGAAGCCAGAGACUGGGUGGAUCAAAUAAGUUUCUUGUUAAAAGAUCUGAGCUCCUUAACCAUUCCAUGUGAAGAGGAGGAGGAUGAAGAAGAAAAAGCAGAAGAGACAUAUGAUGAUAUUGAUGGUUUUGACUCCCCAAAUUCUGGUUCCCAGUGCAGACCCACUAUCUUGCCUGGUAAUGUGGAAAUAAAGGAACCUACAGAGGAGAAAGAAGAAGAUAUUUAUGAAGUCUUGCCAGAUGAAGAGCAUAAUCUGGAAGAGGAUGAGAGUGGCACUCGACGCAAAGGAGACUAUGCCAGUUACUACCAGGGCCUGUGGGAUUGCCAUGGUGACCAGCCAGAUGAACUGUCCUUCCAACGGGGUGACCUCAUCCGCAUUCUCAGCAAGGAGUAUAACAUGUAUGGCUGGUGGGUGGGAGAACUGAACAGCCUCGUUGGGAUUGUUCCAAAGGAGUAUCUCACCACCGCAUUUGAAGUGGAAGAAAGAUGAACCCCAGGAAAUAUAUUCUUCCCUCUAUCCUGCCUUUAUGAGGAAAUUGAUAAUCGAAAGUUCCCACUCCCUACUUCUGCCACCCCACCAACGCCUUGGACUUCUCUCUUUACUGAAGAGACCCAAGUUUCUGACACCUCAUAGUGACUGUAAGCUACCAGUAAGACAAGUGCGAAGAGGCCCGUUCAUCAAAACUGUUACUAAACCAGCCUACUCACAGCUCAUCCCCAUCUCUAAAUGUGUCCACACAUCCACAUUUGCCUUUUCCACAAGCUUUUCACAAAGAAGGUGAGAGAGAAGGAAACCUUGGGAGGAGGACGUUGCUGGUUGUUCUGGCUGGUUUGAAAAGCACAAAUAAAUUUGAGAUUUGGUUCCUUGACAUG